AUGGAUGACCUACCUUGGCCUGAGCUCGGCAAUGUCUCUCGAGGUGCCACUCGAGGUAACCAAGGUCAAAAGGGCGCAUUGUCGCGCCCGGACCAAGACGGCCGUUCCGUUCUACAAUUGAGAGUGCAAGAGAAUGUCUUGACUAUUCUAUUGAACAAGAAGGCGAGCGAAUGGUACCGCACCUUGGUCAAUGAGGUCAAUCAAGCUCUGAAACUCACCAAAACGCACUGGCGAAAGGCUCGCCGGCGGCAAGACUACGACGCUCAAGCUGACCAGGAACACAUGGAACUGCACGAAUGGUUACAACAACUGAAGGACAAGGUCAUGCAACAUCUCGAAUUGCUCAUGCAGCGCGGCGACAUCAAGGGUCCACCCUACAUCAUGCCCGAUGACAUCGAGCUCACCUUCCUGCGCAAAUUCAUUGAACGCCAACAAGCCGGCAUCCCGCAUAACCCUCGUUUGCGAGAAGCCUUUCUGCAAGGACGCCUACCAGCGCAGCAUGCGCCUCUACCGUCAACCUCUCGCUCUGGUUCGGACGGCCCCACACAAGGUUCAGAUAGCGGAUGGGGUGACGAAGAUGCCCCUGCACGAGAUCCCGCGCCUCCUUACGGCCUCCCCUCUGUCGCAACCAUGACGGCGCCAUCCGCGAGCAAAACUACCGGUCACGCGGGAACCCUCGAGGAGCAACUCGCGGCAUCUGCACAUCAUUUGCAAGCUGCUAGGGCCGCAUACAGACGCGCUCAAAAGACGACAUCAGAUGUGUUCGCGCAGUAUACCGCCGCUCUCGAAGCGGAGCGGACUGCCGCGCGCGAGGUGGCCCUUCACGAGUACAGGCGGGAUGCCUUAGUCACCGCUGUCAUCCAGGAUGGAUCUCAAACAACGCAGCAGCAACAUCAACACGCAGAUGAUGCGUUUCAACAACCUCGGCGAUACUCCUAUUCUGCGGAACAGGAUCUGGCGCGCUUUUCCCAAUGGAAUACAAACGGGGUCCGCUCGCACGCUAUUGAACAUGCUGCGCCAUUACCAGCUACUUAUCGUUGGGAGUCGGACGAACGAUCACACCUUCCGUCAGGUUCACAUACUGGCUCGCCUCGUAUGGUGAACCCCGGUUCUAGCUUAAUACCCGAAGAUAAUGGGGUGGAUGCGCGCAAGCGCGUCUGGGAUGCCGAAGAAGCCGCCCAACUGGAGCCUCCCCGGAAGCGCUCGAACCACGGAUCCUUAGCCAACUCCCCAGCAAUGACUACCACGCUCUCGGGUCACGUCAUGGGCCCUAAUUGA